AUGACUCACCAAAUACACACAAGUCCUGUAGCAAGCAUACAAGAAGAAAGAGCCAAAGCGGCAUUUCAGAUAAGAGAACUCACCUUUCUAUUAGAUGGUGGGGAGAAAAUGACAUUGUUAAAAGAGAGAUUUAUGCAAGAAUUUGAAAGGGAUCCAUUGUUUAAAAUGGAUGAUAUUCAUGAUAUCUCCAAAGAUGAAUUACGGGCAAGAACCAUGGAGAAAUUUCGUAGUCUAGUUCAUCAUCUGUCAAAUGAACCUAUUGAUAUCUUUAGGAAGAGAAUGGAAUGUGUGUCUCUGAUUGACCCUGGAUUCUGGACACGCUUUGGUGUACAUUAUGGCUUAUUUGUAGGUGCAUUGCAGAGUAAUGCUACUUCUGGCCAAUUAGGCUAUUGGUUUGAAAAGGGCGCUUUGUCUCUCACGAAUAUGGUCGGCUGCUUUGCCAUGACAGAACUCGGUCAUGGUUCCAAUGUGCCUGGACUAGAGACCACAGCCACAUUUGAUGCAGCAUCCGAUCAGUUCAUUCUUCAUACACCCACACUCACAGCUACAAAAUGGUGGAUUGGUGGUGCUGCUCAUUCAGCUACACAUGCUGCUGUGUUUGCUCAAUUGAUAGUGCAUGGCAAAUGCUACGGUACCAAAAUAUUCAUUGUGCCUUUGCGUGACCCCAAGACAUACCAAACAUUGCCUGGUAUCUGUAUCGGUGACUUGGGUAAGAAAAUGGGGCGGGAUGGGAUCGAUAAUGGCUAUAUCCAGUUUACUCAUGUGCGGAUUCCCCGUGGUUAUAUGUUGAUGAAGCAUACGCGUGUGUUAAGAUCAGGUCACGUGAUUGAACCGAAACUACAACAAUUGACCUAUGGUGCUUUGCUUCAAGGCCGUGUGGCCAUGGUGGUCGAUAGUGGUCAUGUGUCCAAAAAGGCCUUGACGAUUGCGAUUCGUUAUGCUGCCGUGCGCCGUCAAUUUGUCCGUGGGGAUACCAAGGUAGAGACAAAACUGUUGGAUUAUCCUAUCCAUCAACACCGAUUGAUGCCCUUGUUGGCUCAGACCUUCGCCAUGUUGUUUACAGGGGUAGAAAUGACAUCCAUGUAUCUUCAGAUGAUGGACAAGUUGGAGCAUGCUAAACCAGGCGAUGCUGAUCUUGAACAUGUGUUGGAAAUGCUGAAAGAAACACAUGCCACCAGUGCAGGGCUCAAAGCCUUUUGUACCUGGAACUGUCUGAGUACGAUUGAAGCCUGUCGACAGGCAUGUGGUGGCCAUGGUUAUUCUGCUUAUACAGGGUUAGCAGGGAUGUAUCAAGACUUUGCUGUCCAGUGUACUUGGGAAGGAGACAAUACGAUCUUGGCCUUACAAUUGGGACGGUAUUUGGUCCAUAGUUAUCGAGAAGCCAAAGAAGGCAAGACGUUAUCGCCUGGUGUGGGCUACCUAAACGGACUGCAACAGAUGCUCCAUCAACAAUGUACGGCUGAACAAGAUGCCAUGGGUGUCAGUGUGAUUCAAGAAGGUUGGCGUGUGGUGUGUGCUCAUGCAGUCCAUGCUGCUGCUUUGGAAUUUGAAUCCUGUCUGUCCCAAGGCGCCAGUGUAGAUGACGCGUAUGAACAAUGCUCUAAAUCUCGAUUGUAUGCUGCUAAACUGCACUCGUAUGGAUACCUGUUUAACCGAUUUUUGGAUGCAGUCCAUAAAGUCCAAAGUGAACUAAAGACAGUUUUAAUGGAAGUCUGUUUGCUGUAUGGGUAUUACACCAUUGAAGAAAACACAGGCGCCUUCUUGUUAUCUGGAUAUUUCACAGCGUCGCAUAUACAGCACAUUCGCCGUCGUUUGGAUCAAUUGUGUGAAAGUGUUCGACAUCAAGCGGUUCCUUUAGUGGACGCAUUUAACUUGACAGAUUAUGUGAUCAAUAGUCCUCUGGGUCGUUCGGAUGGUAAUGUCUAUGUGCAUUAUUUUGAACAGGUCAAACGCUCCAAUCCUCAAGGACCUCAUCCUUAUUUUGACCGAUUGAUUAAGCCAUUGAUCAGUAGAAAUCAGUAUGAAGAACAAGACAACGACGACGACGAUGAACAAGCUGGUUUAGAAAGCAUGGAUGAAGAUGAGGAAGAAUAA